GUUUGCAGAUCCUCCUCUACAGCUCUACUGGCAGACACAGAGACAAAAGAGAGAGAGAGAGAGAUGGCAGCCGACUUGGUGUGCUGUGGGACGCAAUUCUUCCUAUACGUGCUGGUGAUCAUAGGGCUGGUGUGCUUUGCCGGUAUCAUGGCUGGGCUCACCCUGGGGCUCAUGUCUCUGGGACUCGUCGACCUGGAGGUCCUCAUAAAAUCCGGCCGGCCCAAGGAUCGCUUGUACGCCGCUAAAAUAUUUCCAGUGGUAAAGAAUCAGCAUCUUCUACUUUGUACACUAUUGAUUGGCAACGCUUUAGCGAUGGAGACUCUUCCCAUAUUCUUGGACAAGCUUGUGCCUCCAUGGGCAGCAAUUCUGAUAUCAGUGACUCUCAUCCUCAUGUUUGGUGAGAUAAUGCCACAAGCGGUCUGUACUCGCUAUGGCUUGAAAGUUGGAGCAACAAUGGCCCCUCUCGUUCGUGUUCUUCUUUGGCUGUUUUUCCCUAUUUCUUACCCAAUUAGUAAGGUGUUGGAUUGGAUGUUGGGUAAGGGACAUGCUGUCCUUUUACGGAGAGCAGAGCUCCAAACUUUUGUGACUUUUCAUGGAAAUGAGGCCGGGAAAGGCGGGGAUUUAACACAUGAUGAGACUACUAUCAUCACUGGGGCACUUGAAUUGACUGCAAAGACUGCAAAAGAUGCCAUGACUCCCAUAUCAAAUGCAUUUUCCCUAGAUCUGGAUUCAAAUCUUGAUUUGGAGACAUUGAAUGAAAUAAUGACAAAGGGUCAUAGUAGAGUUCCGGUUUAUGCUGGAAACUCGAAGAACGUAGUUGGACUUAUUCUGGUUAAAAAUCUCUUGGCAGUUGAUCCAGAUGAUGUGGUUCCUGUGAGAAAAAUGAUCAUAAGGAAAAUUCCUCGGGUUUCAGAAGACUUGCCUCUGUAUGAUAUUCUAAAUGAAUUCCAGAAGGGUCACAGCCACAUUGCUGUUGUCUAUAAGGAUAAUGAGAAAAAAGAGGUCUCAAAGAAAGGUAAAGGGGGUGAACAGCUCGAGUUUAAGGACAGCUGUAAGAAGCAUAGGGGCAAAUCUGAGGCAUCACCAAAUAAAGAUAAUCUUGAUGUUGGCCCCACUUCUGGUACCAAAAAUGUGGGGACUGAAUCAAAAUCAGAUGAUGGUCUGACAGCUAUGGCUAAGAUUGAUGGGGGUCAACAAAUGAAGAAGAAUCCACAGGCUGCUGCCUAUAAAAAACGACAUAGAGGUUGUUCAUUUUGCAUUCUGGACAUUGAAAGUGCAGCAAUUCCAGAGUUCCCAUCCAAUGAAGAGGUUGUUGGUGUAAUUACCAUGGAGGAUGUCAUUGAAGAACUUCUUCAGGAGGAAAUAUUGGAUGAAACCGAUGAGUAUGUAAACAUCCAUAACAGGAUAAAGAUCAACAUGAAUGCUUCUCAGGAAAUGGCUCCCGACUCAAAUUCACCACAACAGCCCUCCCCUGGCGCAUGUAUCACUCGCCCUCUAAUCUCUGGACUCUCUCCUUCCAUUGUAUCUCCAGCUCCCACGCCAUCACCAUCUUAUUAAUAAGUCUUGUAAGCAGACUUAUUAAGAGAUUGGCUCAUCAUAUGGCUAUUAAAAUUAGAUUCAGUUACAACACAGAAGCUCUGUAUAGUUAGUUACUUGGCAAGAACAGUGGCUUACACAACUUGGAAACUUGGGUUGACUGCCCGGAAUCAUGUUGUGUAAUUUUAUAGAAAGAGCCAAAGAGCUGCUCUCUCUUUGAUUUGCUCUAA